AUGGUUCUCGCCGCUCGUUGUGGGCAGGCCACGUCCUCCCUGCUGCGCCAACGCGGCCUGGUUGAAGCUCGUCAGUCCGUUCUCGGGCUUCGUUCAUUUUCCUCGCCCUCCUCCAUUCGCUCCUCCGCAUCGUCUCUGCGACUGCAGCAUAAGGUUCCGACAUCAUGGCGAUCGCACCAGCUGCGAUCCUUUUCCACUACCCUCAAGCGUCUAGCAACCGAGUCUAAAUACAUUCCUCCUUCCUCCCGAUCCGGCCUCGAUGGUGGAGCUCUAAAUCCGGGCAGCAACCUAGUCGAUGUGAAAAAGGUUCUUGUGAUUGGUAGCGGUGGAUUGAGUAUUGGUCAAGCAGGAGAAUUUGACUAUUCCGGUUCCCAAGCUCUCAAAGCUCUCAAGGAAGCUGGUGUCAAGUCCAUCCUGAUCAAUCCCAACAUUGCCACAAUCCAGACCGACCACAAGGUCGCAGAUGAAGUCUAUUACCUCCCUGUCACCCCGGAAUAUGUCACACAUGUCAUUGAAAGAGAACGUCCGGACGGCAUUCUGCUCACCUUCGGUGGUCAGACGGGUCUGAACUUGGGUGUGCAGAUGAACCGUAUGGGUAUCUUUGAUCGCUACGGCGUCAAGGUUCUCGGAACAAGCAUCAAGACCCUCGAGACUAGUGAGGACCGUGAUCUUUUCGCGAAGGCUCUGAAGGAGAUCGAUAUCCCUAUCGCUGAGUCAAUCGCCGUGAACACCGUCGAUGAGGCCUUGAAAGCAGCCGAGGAGGUUGGCUAUCCCAUCAUUGUUCGUUCCGCUUACGCCCUUGGUGGUCUGGGUUCUGGCUUUGCUGCCAACCCCGAGGAGCUGAAGAACUUGGCCUCCCGUUCCUUGUCCCUUGCGCCCCAGAUCUUGGUCGAGAAGUCCCUCAAGGGCUGGAAAGAAGUUGAAUACGAAGUUGUUCGCGAUGCUGCAAACAACUGUAUCACUGUUUGCAAUAUGGAAAAUUUCGACCCCCUGGGUAUCCAUACUGGUGACAGUAUCGUCGUUGCUCCCAGUCAGACUUUGUCUGAUGAGGAAUACCAUAUGCUUCGAACCGCUGCUAUCAAGAUUGUCCGCCAUCUGGGAGUUGUGGGCGAGUGCAACGUCCAAUACGCAUUGCAACCCGACGGACUUGACUACAGGGUCAUUGAAGUGAAUGCUCGUCUCUCACGUUCGUCAGCCCUGGCCUCCAAGGCCACUGGCUAUCCCCUUGCAUAUACUGCCGCGAAAAUCGGUCUAGGACACAAUCUCCCCGAGCUUCCCAAUGCAGUUACCAAGACUACCACGGCAAACUUCGAGCCCAGCUUGGAUUACAUCGUUACAAAGAUCCCCCGGUGGGAUUUGUCCAAGUUCCAGCAUGUCAACAGGGACAUUGGUAGCGCUAUGAAGUCUGUUGGAGAAGUCAUGGCUAUCGGUCGUACUUUUGAGGAGUCUUUCCAGAAGGCCAUUCGUCAAGUUGACCCCAAGUACCUCGGUUUCCAAGGCGAUAAAUUUGACAACCUCGACGAGGUUCUGCAGAAUCCUACCGACAGGCGUUGGUUGGCAGUCGGCCAGGCCAUGCUCCACGAGAACUACUCGGUCGACAAGGUCCACGAGCUGACUAAGAUUGAUAAGUGGUUCUUGUACAAGCUCCAGAAUAUUGUCGAUUGCCAUAACGACAUCAAGGAGAUUGGCAGUCUCUUCGGUCUCCAGAAGGAGAUUCUCUUGAGGGCCAAGAAGCUGGGUUUCUCUGAUAAGCAGAUUGCCCUUCUUGUCGGCUCUUCUGAGGAUGACGUCCGCGCCCGCCGAAAGGGAUUCGGAAUCAAGCCUUGGGUUAAGAAGAUCGAUACUCUUGCCGCCGAGUUUCCUGCGGAUACCAACUAUCUUUACACGACUUACAAUGCCACCUCCCAUGAUGUCACUUUUGAUGACCACGGGGUUGUUAUUCUUGGAAGCGGUGUCUACCGUAUUGGAAGCUCGGUCGAGUUCGAUUGGUGUGCCGUCAAUGCUACUCUUUCCCUCAGGAACAUGGGCAAGAAGACGGUCAUGAUAAACUACAACCCUGAGACAUACUCCACUGAUUUCGAUACUGCCGAUAAGCUUUACUUCGAGGAACUCAGCUACGAGCGUGUCAUGGACAUCUAUGAGCUCGAGAACGCCAGUGGCGUCGUGGUUUCUGUCGGCGGUCAGCUGCCACAGAACAUUGCCCUUCGUCUGCAGGAGACCGGUGGUGCUCAUGUUCUUGGCACUGACCCCCAGGAUAUUGAUAGGGCCGAAGACAGACAUAAGUUCUCUCAGAUUUUGGACAGCAUUGGUGUUGACCAGCCUGCUUGGAAGGAACUUACCUCUGUUGCAGAUGCCGAGCGCUUUGCUAACUCUGUUGGAUACCCUGUUCUUGUUCGCCCCAGCUACGUUCUCUCUGGCGCAGCCAUGAACGUUAUCUACAGCGAAAAUGAACUCAAGGACAAGCUUCUCAAUGCUAGCGCUGUCUCCCCCGAUCAUCCUGUCGUUAUCACCAAGUUCAUUGAGGGUGCACAGGAAAUCGAUGUCGACGCUGUCGCUUCCGGCGGUAAGCUUCUUGUGCACGCCGUCAGUGAGCACGUUGAGCCUGCUGGUGUCCAUUCCGGUGACGCUACUCUCGUCCUUCCUCCUGCCUCCCUCGACGAGUCCAUCCUGGGCCGUGUUAAGGAGAUUGCUGAGAAGGUCGCGAAGGCCUGGAACAUUACCGGUCCCUUCAACAUGCAGAUUAUUAAGGCUGAUCAGGAAGGGGCUGAGCCUCAGCUGAAGGUCAUCGAAUGCAAUCUUCGUGCAUCUCGGUCCUUCCCGUUCGUCAGCAAGGUGCUGGGCACUAACUUCAUUGAUGUUGCCACCAAGGCACUUGUUGGCCGCGACGUCCCCGAACCCGUAGAUCUCAUGAAGGAGAAACGCGACUAUCUCGCUACCAAGGUUCCUCAGUUCAGCUGGACCCGUCUGGCUGGUGCUGAUCCUUUCCUUGGCGUCGAGAUGGCUAGCACUGGUGAGAUCGCUUGUUUCGGAAAGGACUUGGUCGAGGCCUAUUGGACUUCCCUUCAAUCCACGAUGAACUUCCGUGUCCCCGAGCCGGGUGAGGGAUUGCUGUUCGGUGGUGACAUUACCAACCCUGCUCUGUCCAAGAUCGCCGAUUAUCUCCAUCCCCUUGGCUACAAAUUCUUCGCUGCCAGCCCUGAGGUCAAGAAGCACCUCGAAUCCGCUACCAAGGACCAUGUAUCCGUGCAGGUGAUCGAAUUCCCCAAGCAGGACAAGAGGGCUCUCCGCCAGGUGUUUGAGAAGUAUGACAUCCGGGGUGUCUUCAACCUUGCUAAGCACAGGGGAAAGACUCUCCUCGAUGAGGACUACGUCAUGAGACGAAAUGCAGUGGACUUUGGCGUGCCACUUUUCAUGGAACCAAAGACCGCUCUUCUGUUCGCACAGUGCAUGAAUGAGAAGCUGCCUCGAAAGGAGGGCAUUCCUCCUGAAGUCCGCACCUGGUCUGACUUUGUCGGAGGCAAGCUGAUGUAA